UUCAAUAUUAUCAUCAAUAGUAUUAGAUAUUUUAGUUAUUAAUGAAAUGACACGCACUGACACCUAGAAAAAGUAAUAAUAAUUUUGGGCCGCAUAUGUACAGGCCCAUGAUUUAAAGGCUUAUUUGAUUAAUGACUGAGAAAACACAUCCUCGCGAAUCGGAGGGAGAAGUUUCGAAGGAGCUUGCUUUUGUUUAAUUCACUUUUUUGACAGAUGGCUAGAUUCCUCCUUCUCUGUUGCCUCUUCGCGGCGGCGCUGACGUCAUCCCUGACGGCAGCCGGCGACGACAAUGGAGUCUACUCGCCUUGUUCAGAUUCCACCGUCGCGAUCGGCGAUGGAUUCACUUUCGGCAUUGCCUUCGCGGCGAGAGAUUCCUUCUUCGGUUCUAAUCAUUCCGUUCAGUACUCUCCCUGCGAUCGUCGCCGCCUCUCGCUCAACGGCAACUCUGAGCUCGCCGUAUUCAGACCUAAAGUCGAUGAGAUCACCCUCCUCACCAUCAAUACCUCCUCCAGUUCCUCCAGUUUCCGCCCGGAUUCUUCAAAGGGAUACAUGGUAGCAUUCGCUGGUGCAAAGUACGCUGCAAGAUCAAUUCCAAUUAUGGUUGCAGACAACAGUCACAUCGUGACAAGCUUCACACUUGUUCUUGAGUUCCAGAAGGGCAGGCUUGAGAAUCUGUUCUGGAAGAAAGACGGGUGCUCCAAAUGCGCUGGAGAUGCGAAGUUCGUGUGCCUCAAGAAUGAACAAUGCGCAAUCAAAACACAGAGCUGCAAGAACCAAGGAGGGCAAGUAGAUUGCAGCUUAGGGAUCCAAUUGGCGUUUUCAGGCACCGAUAAGCACUACACCGCCAUGAACUCGUGGUAUGAGGUUGCAAAUCUGAAGCAGUACUCGCUUUAUGGCCUCUACUCUAAUCUUAAGGAUUCACUAAGCAGCCAAUUCAAAAACAUCUUCUGAUUUAGAGUUUCUUUCAACCUUUGUCUGUUGCUGCUACUCUUUGUAAUUUUGUAUUAUUUCUCGCCUGCUUUGUUUGUGUUUUAAUUCUUGGUCUCUUGCCCGCAUGAUUUAUGGCUACAUAUUAUAUAUACACUGUAUUUUAUUACUUGGCUUGCAACUUCAUCAUGAACUAAAAAUAGAUAUACAUGAACUAAUUUUUUUUUUUUUUGGAUUUACUUGUGAGAUAUAUAGUUGGAAAAAUCUAUGUAUCAAACUGACCUCGGUUGAACUACCAACUAACAUG